GUCAUGGUCGUGUAGAUGUGUAAACUAGUUUAGAGGGUAGCCAUGUUUGCUGGGAUGUUUCUUACAGCAAUCUUUGGUGGCUUAUAGGGGCCGUAUUUAUUUCCUUGUUAAAUCAUAGACAUGAUUUGGAUUUACAGCCAGAAAUCUCUGGAGUUUGUGAGAGUUUGACUUUGCUGUCUUAUAUACACUUGGGAUUUAGAGUAGAAGUACUCCCAUCAGCUGUCUUACGAGUCAGCGUUUUGGCAUCUGGAAGCUGGCAUUGUUGUUCGCCUACAAGGACCAGACUGCAGUGAGAGACUGUAGGGUGUAUCAUCUGUCCCCAGGACAGGGCCCUUACUUAAGUGCAUCACAUAGGUCGUGUGUUAUUUGUGACCUUUUCCCUUGAGACUGGUCUGGGACUGCAAGUACUUAGAUUUUACAAAAUCGCCCGCAAACAUGAUUCUUGGCAGUGAGAAUCCGAACUUGCACCACGUUUCAUUAAUUCAAAUUUCACCACCAGGAUCCCCAUUGUUGAAGCGAGCUCGGAAAGAAUUGGAGAAGCGUGACGAUACUCCUGACAGGAAUCUUGUGGACCAAGGGAUUAUAGAAUUACAACCUCUUUCUGUGGAUUCUGGAGCACACUUAGACAGCAGUCGUAGUUCACCUCUAAGUUCUACCCCAGGACUAGAGAGUUCCACCCUCUCAACCAAUGGCACCACAGACGGUGUCCUCACAGCCACACUCAGCUCGCCUGGAGGUGGCGCUGUCUUCACCAGUACUGACAGUUGGGUGAUCACAGCCGUCGCGUCACCAGUGGAGCAACCCUCCUCGCCUAGUGCGUCCAGUCCAGGGCUAUCGUCUGGGUCAAACCUGGACUCUGUCCCAGGUGAAAUCUCCAGUAAAGAGACAGGAGAUCUUGAUACAGAUAAUUUAGCCAAUUUCAUAAACAGUGCUACAACGGAGGCUACGUUUUCAAGAGCCGUUUCAACACCAGAGGGAGCUGUGUCCACCACAACAGCCACCAUGAACACAGCUUACAACUAUCCUAAUGCACCAAGUGCAUUCAGUCUUCAGAACUCUGCGCUGUACAACACACAGACUGGCCAGACACCAUAUAGUGUGAUGACCAACUACCCUGUAGCUGAUAUUGGAAAAAUAAAAUCCCCAGGAAGUCAAGUUGUAAGCCCCAGUUAUCUAAAUAGCUAUAACUCCUUUCCACAAUCACCACAGGGCUCAUAUGUUUAUCCUGCACAAGUGCCAUUUACAACUACACCAGGGAGUAUGUCUUCUACGUGUAACUCACAGUCCAUUGAAGGUUUCAACUACAGCAACUACCAUGUCCCAGGAGCAGCUAAUCCAUAUUACUACCCCAACCCGUCCCUGCUAAACAGCACCCCAUCAACAACAGGUGGCACAACCAUGACCUAUCAAUUGGUUAGUCCACCAGAUGUCCAACCAAUCAAAACAGAAGACGGCCAAUACGCACAGAUAACCAGUCCCUCCCCGCCAGCUCGUGAAAAUGGAAUAGCCAGAUCCAGAAAUAGCAAGCCCCGGUCGGGUCGAAAACUGAAUCCUUCUCCGGGUCCGGAGUCAGACCUGGAACGUGUAUUUGUGUGGGAUUUAGAUGAAACUAUUAUCAUCUUUCAUUCAUUGUUAACGGGAUCCUACGCGCAAAGAUAUGGAAAGGACCCGCCCUCUUCUGUGUCACUUGGUCUACGUAUGGAAGAGAUGAUAUUCAACUUAGCGGAUACACAUCUAUUUUUCAAUGAUUUAGAGGAGUGUGACCAAGUCCAUAUAGACGAUGUAUCUUCUGACGACAACGGCCAGGACCUAAGUACCUACAACUUUGCAACAGAUGGCUUCCGGGCCGCAGCAACCAACGCCAACUUGUGCCUGGCGACAGGCGUUAGGGGCGGCGUUGAUUGGAUGAGGAAACUUGCUUUUAGAUAUCGGAGGCUGAAGGAGAUCUAUAGUAGCUACCAAAAUAACGUUGGAGGUCUGAUUGGUCCACAGAAACGGGAACAAUGGUUGCAACUUCGCCAAGAGAUUGAAGCAAUGACAGACAACUGGCUUACACUGGCACUCAAAUCACUACAAAUCAUCAACUCACGGUCAAACUGUGUGAACGUGUUGGUGACCACUACCCAGUUAGUACCGGCGAUGGCGAAAGUCCUUCUCUACGGACUUGGCGGAGUGUUCUCUAUAGAAAACAUAUACAGUGCCACAAAGAUAGGUAAAGAUAGCUGUUUUGACAGAAUAGUAGCCCGAUUUGGAAGGAAAUGUACAUAUGUUGUUGUCGGUGAUGGACGAGAUGAGGAGCAGGCAGCUAAGCAGAUGAAUUUCCCAUUCUGGCGAGUUAGUAAUCAUUCCGAUAUAGCAGCCCUUAAUCACGCGCUGGAACUCAACUACCUCUAACGAAGGAUUCAAAUCUUAAGCCAGCAUUAUCAUAGCCCAACCAUGUCCUCAGCACUCAUCAUGUGUAUGGACAGCUGGACAGAUUCUGUUAAACUGUGAAAAACAAGCAGUUUGUGUACAGACAAAUGGACAUACUCUUGUUAAGACAGGCAGAUGCGGAUAGUUUGUACACAGACAUAGACAUGUUAAAAUAUGUAUGGCAGGCAGUUUGUGUGCAGACAAACAGACAGACUUUCCUGUCAGUGUGGAAAGGGGUGACAUAUUUCAAUGGAAAAAACGCACCCUCUGAAGCCUCUGUUGGAAAAAAAUAAAAGAGACAAAAAUAAUUGUUUUUUUGAAGUUGUUGACGGAGUCUGUGGGAAAAUUUUGGACCAUUAGAAAAUACCGCCUUGUUAAUCCAAACCCAUAUCAUGGAUGCAGCGGAAUUCUCUUUGCAGUCCCUGGCAAAGUCAACCGGGUGUAGCAACAUUACUCUACCAUGAAUACUCAGGAUGCAAUGCCAUAUAUGGCAUUGGAAUUGGGUAACUAUAGUUUUAUUGGAUGUUUUUUCAUGCUGUUUCGGAUGUGCUACAUUCGCUCCCUAGUGAUAUUACUGGUGCAUGCUGGGACAUGUUGACAGUUUGGUGCAGUGUGUUCAUUCAGUGCAGACGCAAUGAAGAGACUGGUUUUACACAGCCUUCGUUGGUCAUGUGCCCUGUUUAUUAACUAAGUCCAGAAUAUGUUGAACAAGGAUUCACCAAAAGCAACACAUUUAUUAAACUGUGGGGGAAAAGGAUGUGAUUUGAACCACAGAAACUGUUUUAUUAUCGUGUGGAUUUUAAUCGUCUUUGCCUUGUAGAGGGCCUGUUCCAAGCCUCACUCCCAAUAGAAUACACCUUACAAUAAUGUGUACUGGAUGUUUCAUGGUGACCUGGUCCUGGUGCAACACUGCAAAAGGAUACAUUCGCUCAACAAGAGAUUCCAAAUCAAAACAUAAGAAUGACCCAUCCACUAUGUCGCAGUCUAAUCAAGGGCCUGUACCUGCCUGAGGUUUCCUCCUUCCCCCUCUCCAUUCCCCCGAUCCUUGACCCACUCCAUCAGCCAUGACUCGUACUGGAUAAUGUGGAAUGCGACAUUGUUCAUUGUUAUCAUGGACAAAAAGGACUGGUGACUUUAUACAAUUUUUUAGGGAAGAGGACAUGACCAACUCACAUAUAUAGAUAGAUAUAUAUAUUUAAAUGUUGUGUCCUGAGGGUCAAACUACCAGACAUGGUGCUUUACAUCUCGCACAUCAUCUCCUGGUUAUCAGAGUAACCUCCCCUUGUCAUCACUUGGAUAUCUUCUUCCAGCUUUCAGAGUAAUACUACUCCAUGUCGUUUCCAUGACAUUUUUCGCUGGACAUCAGACCUGCCAUUGUCAUCACUGCGACACCAUCUACUGGUCGUCAUAAUUACUCGUCAUUGCCAGGAUGCCAUGACAUGCCCAUGUCAUCACCAUGACAUCAUCCUAUUGUCAUGGCACAUUCGUUAUUCUCUGAUCAUGGAUACAAUAUAAUUAUAUCUCUCUUGAUUGUGUACAUGAUUUUCUGGAGAACAGUUAUUACGUUUACACAUCGUUUACCCAACAGAAAUCCAUAUCAUGGUUGUUAUGGUAAUAGUUCGUAUGUGCCUCUUGUUGGGAAAGGUGUACGAUUGAUUAAUUCUUUUUUAUGUUCAGAAGUGAGCUAUUUCUGAAGAAAAUGUGAUGUAUUUUGUGUACUUUAUGUCAAAUAUAAAAUUUGCUGUGAAAUGUGUAGGUCAUACCUAGAACAAGAAGUUCUACAAACACAUGUAUCCUCAGAUUUAUAUUUUAUUGAAAGGAUUCCAUUUUGUAAACCUCUUUUUAAAAAGAUUUGUUUCUAUAAAUGUGAAAAAUGGAUCUAUGAUAUUUAAACCAGAAAUGUUACAAAGAAUACAAGUACUCAAUACAUUUACAGCUAAAUUAUAAUAGCUUUGCAUUUAAAAUUUCAAAAAGGAGAGAUUUACAUGUAACAAUAUUCUGUAAUAUGAUGGUGUUUUCAUUGACAUUAUGAAGGUAGUACCCAAAAAAAUGGCAGCCAUUUCAGUAGACAUUUUCAGAUUUCCAUAACUUCUCUGUGUAUAAAAAAUGUUCUAUACUUCAUACUUAAAAUCUUUUAUCAGCCAUUUCAGUACAGACAUUUUCAGAUUUCCGGAACUUCUCUGUGUAUAAAAAAUGUUCUAUACUUCAUACUUAAAAUCUUUUAUCUCAAUGGUUUUAGAGCUUUAAUAAUUUUUUUAUAACUAAAAAAGAAAUGUUUUACUUAUAUAAUCCUUAAUAUAUUUUAAGUGUUUUUUUUUACUCAAAGCAUCCGUCUGAGACCAAAGAAUUUUAAAUCAAUUGAAGCAUUCUCCUUGUAUAAGGUAUUUUUUUUUAUGAUUAAAUGGCAGAUUCUUUCGCAGGUCGCCAAGAUGUUUAUACACAGCACAAAUGGUUGUUAACAAAGUCUCUAGUGACAGGAAAUUUGACAAUUGCAGAUACUGCAUGAAGAAAGAUACGGAAUUUUCUUAGAAAUACAGCAUAUAUAUUUUUGGCUUAUGACUUUGUAUAUGAAUGAAUUAAAGUAUGUAUAUAUUUAAGAAAUACUUUUUUUUUUUUUUUUGAAAAAGAAGCAUUUAAAGGAGAGAAGAUACUGUUGAGAAUCAUUUUGACUAUUGAAAGUAUACUUAAGUUUACUUGAGAUUUAAUGGAUAUCUUUAUUAGAAAUAUCUUGUUUACCAAUUAUGGUAUUUUACCUUUCUGAUAAUUGUUUUGCAUUCCCUUUCUGAUAAUUGUUGGAAUUGAUAGUUUUGGUAAAUUUUAGAGUUUAUUUGGAGUUUUCUUAAAGAAAAUAAUGGAAUGCACCUUUGCCUAUGUAGAAAAAAUUGGUAAAUUAUCUCCAUCUGUUAUUUUUAUAAUAAAUGGAUAUUUACAUUUCAGAUAAAUAUUAGAACUAAUUAUAUAACCAUUCUGAUAUAUUGUGGAAUUUCAAUUUGUUGAUGACAUGAAGCAGUAAUUUUGUUUUUGACAUGAUAACAAUAUACUUUGAAACAGGGAUUUUUGUUUUACAACAAUUUUUUUCUCAGUAUUCAAUGCACACGACAAUCAAAAAAAAAGAGCUUUACGGGGAUGGGGAAAACUUCUCAAUGUACCUGACAUCAAAUUGUAUAACAAAUAUCUUUGUUAUUUAAGGAACUUUAAUUUGUGUAGGUCUUUAAAUAGCAACCAGUUGAUAAGUCUGCUGAAAAGUUUACCACUCAAAUUGUCAAAUUCUGUCAGCAAAGUGAACUUCAAGUGUUGGUCAGAAAUCUGUAUCUAUAAAUAGAUUGAUUUUUUGAGUUUUACGAAAUUGAAGAAAAAACUUUUUCUUUCUCCCCCUCCCCCUCCCAAAUCAGCAGUCAAUAAUUGAUAUUAAAUAACAAAUGUAAUUUCAUGAUAUAUUUAACUUUUUUUGUACAUUGUUGACCAAACUUACCUAAAUGAACUUUUGAACAUUUAUUUAUUUGAAUGGCAUAACAAUUGUCAAAUGUUACAUUUUGAAUAUUAAACUUCAAAACAGAAUUUUAACAGAAUUAAGAUAACUUUCUAGAGUGUCUUUUGAAGAAUAGGUCACAAUUAGCCAUCAAUGUCAAUUCUUUUAUAUAAAAAAAGCAAAGCUGGAUUGAUAUUUCAACAUCCAAAAUAUUUCAUAAAAUAGAGAACGCAAGGAAAUAAAAAUUAAAUAAUUAGAUAUUGAUGUUUUCAGAUUUUUCAUCUGUUUGCUUAUUGUAUAUGAAUAUAAGAUUUUGUGUGAUGAAAUCAGCACACAUAUUUAUAAGUGGUUUUGCACAAAAAUAAUAUAUUUAUACAUGUAAUUCUGAAUUAUUGCAGUUGUCCAGACAACCAUACUUCUGUUUGUUUUGUAAAUGCCCUUUAAUAGUCUUAUCGACAGUAUUUUCGUUACCGUAUAUUUCCUUUAAUAAGCCCAUGUCCUACUUUAAUCUGUUAUUUGUCUGUCCCGCCCUCCUUCCACUGCGAUAACCAGGUUUUAUUCAUGACUGUACUUUCAGAAUAUAUUGUUCUUCCAUCAGUGCAGUACACCAAAAUAUAAUAGGUCUAUGUAGUACCAAAUUUAACCUGGUUUUGGGAAUGGGACACCCCAGGCUUAUUACAGGUCUAGAACAUUAUAUGUUCAAGGCUAAGGUUUGUGUGAAAUUUUAUAUGAAGCCUAACCAAAGAAAUUAUUAUAAAUACUCUCACAGAAAUAUUGUGGCCAAUUCUGGCUAUACCUAUUUAGUGGUUAUUAUUUUUUUCUGUUUUCAACUGUAAAAUGUCAAAUUUUUGUCUUACACAUAAUUUUCAUUGUCCAAUCAGAUUUGAGAUGUUUUUAAUCAUUAAUGACAAAAAAAAUAUGCUUUUAUUUCAUGAAUAAACAAUAUCAUUGUAAUACACUGUCUUUGAUUGGUCAAAUUUGUUUUCAUUGGUCCAAUGAAAUCCCCUGUUCUAUGGGGCUGGCCAUCCAUUGUUAAGUAUGGUGUAUAUGUUGUAAUGUAUGAAUGGUGUGUGUGUCUCAUGGAGACACAUAUGUACUACAGUUAUGUCACCAAUAAAGACAGAUGUAUGAAUGUGA